CAGAUCGAGCUGAUCUGGUAAACGUCUGUCUAUGUAUGAGUACAACGUUCCUCUCCCCUAUUUGUCGAUCUGUCUCUGUUUUCAUUCUUCUCUUCUCUUCUCUUACAACAAUGGCCACUGGAGUUAGCAGAAAAAUUUCAGCAGCAUCAGCUCGUUCUCACACCAGAAGGGCCAACAAGUCCUCUUCGUUUCAGUUUCCUUCAGGAAUUCUUAGAACAACACUAGCAGUGUUGUUAAUUGGGGUUCUAGCAUGGGCUUAUCAAGUUUUGCAAGCUCCUGCUCCCAAAAUAUGUGGCUCUCCUGAUGGACCACCUAUAACAGCACCAAGAAUCAAACUAAGAGAUGGAAGGCAUUUGGCAUACAAGGAGCACGGUGUUCCUAAAGACACGGCAAAGUAUAAAAUCAUCUAUGUCCAUGGUUUCAGCAGUUGCAGACAUGACGCUGUGGUUGCCAAGACCCUAUCACCCGAUUUUGUCAAGGAAUUAGGGGUCUACAUUGUAUCCUUUGAUAGACCUGGUUAUGGAGAAAGUGAUCCCGAUCCAAAUCGUACGUUAAAGAGCAUUGCCUUAGAUAUAGAAGAGCUUGCUGAUCAAUUGGAAUUGGGGUCCAAAUUCUAUGUCAUUGGUACUUCCCUGGGUGGGCAAAUUGUUUGGAACUGCCUUAAGCACAUACCUCACAGGCUGGUAGGUGCAGCGCUCUUAGCCCCAGUCGUCAACUUCUGGUGGCCUGAUCUUCCUGCAAACUUAACGGCCGAAGCCUAUUCCCAAUGGAAAUUACAUGACCAAUGGGCGCUUCGUGUUGCUCACUACACGCCAUGGCUAACAUACUGGUGGAACACUCAAAGAUGGUUCCCAAUUAUUAGUGUGAUUUCUGGUAGUCCAGAUAUCCUUUCGAAACAAGACAAAGAGCUUGUAACUAAGUUCAUGGAUAAUAAAGAGAAUUAUGUGGAGCAGGUACGACAACAAGGUGAAUAUGAAAGCCUCCACCGUGACAUAAAUAUUGGAUUUGGAAAAUGGGAAUAUACUCCUUUGGAUCUUCAAAAUCCAUUUCCAAACAAUGAAGGUUCUGUUCAUCUUUGGCAAGGAGAUGAAGAUAUUAUGGUUCCUGUCACACUACAACGAUACAUCGCACAAAACCUUCCGUGGGUUCACUACCAUGAACUUUCAGGUUCUGGCCACCUUUUCCCUCAUGCCGAUGGUGUGAGUGAGACUAUCAUUAAGUUACUUUUAGGUGUGAAGUAGGCUUCUGUAUUGAUCACCGGCUAUCCAGCCAGCUUGGGCAUUUAUUAUCUCCGUUUCGGAGAAUUCAAACUGAAGAUCACACACAACACAUAUGAUAAACUUUGAGCAACUUGAAUGUAGGAUGAAUCUAGUUAUUUCUUGAUAGUUAAAUAUGUAUGUUGUUCUUUUGUUUUAAAAUUUACAGAAGUUGGGAUGUUGUUUUUGAGAUGUAUAUAGUCAUCGUCAGCAAUUAGAUAUUAUCCUCGCCUUUUCCCGUGAGGAUGCUUCAAGCUGA